ACAGAUCAGAAUAUAAGGAACUGAUAUUAUAUAUAUAAGUUGCGAUUAUAGUUUAAAAGAAAAGCUCUUUGUAAUGGGGAGUCAACCUCAUUUUCUGCUUAUUCCAUAUCCAGCACAGGGCCAUGUUGCACCUCUUUUGAAAUUGGCUACAAAGAUUUCUGAACACGGAAUCAAGAUCACGUUUGUUAACACGGAAUUUAUGGAGGCGAAAAUCUUGGCUUCAGGGCCGGAGAAAGCUGAGGAGGGGAGCUUGAUGAAGUUUGUUUCGAUUCCGGAUGGACUUGAAGGCGAUGAUCGGAACGAUGCAAUUGAGAUGAAUGAGAGUGUGUUUAGAGUUAUGCCAGGUCAUUUAAAGGAGUUGAUUGAGAAGAUGAACCAAUCAGAUGGCGCCUGUGAGCCGAUCACUUGUGUUAUUGCUGAUAUUUGUCUCGGAUGGGCUCUGAAAGUUGCCCGCAAGAUGGGAAUUCCGGGAGCUGCUUUUGUUCCUUACGGACCACCCACUUUGGCCUUUGCCUUUCAUUUUACAAAGCUUACUGAUUCUAAUGGAAAUUUAAUGAAUAAUGAGUUGAUCUCUCCAUCAGAAGAAACGCUUCCCUGGAAAAGUAACGAAUAUCCCUGGCGCUGUCCUGGUGUACCAGGUAUAGAAAAGCUGUUAUUAGAAUUAUUUACUGGUGUUGACGAAACUGUUAGAAUUUCCAACUGGGUUCUUUCCAAUUCAGUCUAUGAACUUGACUCAUCGAACUGUGAUUUGGUUCCGAAAAUCUUCCCCAUUGGCCCAUUGCUUGCAAGAAAUCAUUCAGGAAAUUCAACUGGAAGCUUAAUUCCAGAGGACUCUUCCUGCUUAAGGUGGCUAGACAAACAAGCAAUAGGUUCAGUUAUUUAUGUUGCAUUGGGCAGCACAAACACCAUAAAUCAGCAACAAUUUGAGGAAUUGGCGCUCGGUCUUGAAUCCUUAGGCCUGCCAUUUUUGUGGGUUGUUCGAUCAGACCUUGUGGAUGAAUCACAUGUCGGUUCCCAGAUGGUUUUAAAGAGAGAAUGCCGGCCGGGGAAGAUCGUUGAAUGGGCAGCACAAGAAAGCUUGGAGAUUGGUUUAGAUUUAACCCUGGAUGAAAAUGGGAUUCUGAGCAAGGCAAGAAAUACAAAGAAAGGUGAAAAAAUGCUGAGUGAUGAAGGUAUCAAAGCGAAUUCAUUGAAGCUGAAGGAAAUGGCUGGAGGAGUCUUGUUGAAGGUGGAUCUUCAUUUCAAAAUUUAA